CGCGAGAAGGUUUUUUACGGCCCCUGGGAUGAUCUUGAUUUAUUAUUAGAACCGGCCCGCAGACCGCAGCAAGCCGGCAGCCCGCAGAUCUUUUACACACACCAAUACUACAUUUCCCACAAUGCAACGGUGACGCACCGAGCAGUAGGCUGCUUCAUUUCAAUAUUUAUUGGCACAGCAGUCGUCAGCAUCACAGUAAAAUUAACUUUCAGAUACCCAUCAAAAAUGGCAAAACGGAAGGUGGACACUGAGAACCGGGGGUUUCAAACAAGGUGGGAGUCGGAGUAUAUGUUCACGGAGGUAGCUGGAAAACCUGUGUGUCUUCUGUGUGGAGAAAGUGUGGCGGUACUGAAAGAGUAUAAUCUGAGACGACAUUAUGAAACGAAACACGCGGACAAAAACAAGAAUAUGGACAUGGAACAAAGGCUACAAAAGGCAGAGGAAUUAAAACGAGGCCUCAAAUCUCGACAGGCUCUGUUCAAAAAAGCCAAAUCACAAGGCCAGGCUGCUGUCAAGGCCAGUUUUAUUUUGGCAGAAGAGAUCGCUAAAUCAGCCCGGCCAUUUACGGAGGGGGAUUUCAUCAAAAACUGCAUGAUUAAAGUUUGUGACGAAGUUUGCCCAGAAAAAAGGCAACUCUUUUUAAAUGUGAGUCUGAGCAGAAACACCAUUGCCGAGAGAGUAGACCAGUUGUCCAUCAAUCUAAAAGAGCAGCUUGUGAAAAAGGGAAAAGAUUUCAUUGCAUAUUCCUUGGCUGUGGAUGAGAGCACCGACAUUUCUGACAUUGCCCAGUUGUCAAUUUUCAUCCGCGGAGUGGACUCCAGCCUAAGCGUGACAGAGGAGUUUUUGGCUUUACGUCCUAUGCCAUGCACAACUACGGGGCAUGAUUUGUAUGAAGAGGUGUCAAGAUGUGUAAAUGAGAUGGAGCUGCCUUGGGAAAAACUCGUGGGUUUGACAACCGACGGAGCACCUGCGAUGUGUGGACACAGGAGCGGACUGGUGGCGAAGAUACGGGAAAAGAUGCAAGAGGAAAACGCGACAGGUGAGCUGACAGCUUAUCAUUGUAUCAUACACCAGGAAGCGUUGUGCGGUAAAGCCUUGAAAAUGGAGCAUGUAAUGAGCAUCAUCACGCGCACAGUUAACUUUAUCAGAGCCAAAGGUUUGAAUCACCGCCAGUUCAAGGCAUUUCUGACGGAGUUAGAAACGGAGCAUGGUGAUUUGCCUUAUCACACAGAGGUGCGAUGGCUAAGCCAGGGAAAGGUGCUUCAAAGAUGUUUCGAGCUUCGUGAGGAGAUUUGUCUGUUCUUGGACAGCAAAGGGAAAGACACAACACAACUCCGAGACGAAAUGUUUCUGUGUGAAAUGGCUUUUCUGUGUGACAUUACGAGUCAUCUGAAUGCAAUGAACUUGCAGCUGCAGUGUCGGGAUCAUGUCAUCUCUGAUAUGUACAGUACAGUGAAGGCAUUUAAAACCAAACUGACUCUGUGGGAGACGCAGAUGCGGAAAGAAAAUUUGAGCCACUUUCCCAGCUGCCAGACCAUGAAAGAGAAGCUCUCUACCAGUGCGUUCCCGAGCGCACAGUUGGCUGAUAAAAUAGGUAUGCUUGCCGCUGACUUUCGACGCCGAUUUGCUGACUUUGAAGCACAAAAAAGCAGGUUGGAACUGCUCGGUAACCCAUUUGCUGUUGACGUGGAAAGCUCACCACCAAACCUCCAAAUGGAGUUGAUUGACCUCCAAUGCAAUGAUGCACUGAGGGCAAAAUAUGCGGCAGUGGGUGCUGCGGAGUUCGCCCGUUUCCUCCCCGACACAAUGCCCCAGCUGCGCAUCCAGGCUGCUCAAACGUUUUCUUUCAUUUAA